AUGAAUGUAGACCGCAGUUGGAUGUAUACGAGGCAUGACAGAGGCUUUCUGCCGCCGGAUUUUUUCCCUAAUCUUGAAGAUUUUGUGAAUUUUGCUAUACAACAUCCAGAGUGUAUGAGUGGAGAAGAGAUAAAAUGCCCAUGUUCUAGGAUAAAGUGUAGAAAUACGAAUUUUCGAGAUGUAGAAGUUGUAAAACUACAUGUCUUGCAGUCUGGGUUUGUCCCAGAUUACUAUGUCUGGAUUCACCACGGUGAGGUGAAUGUCCCUCCUGUUGUUCAGGAGCCGGUUAAUGAAUACAAUUACUAUAAUGAGGGAGGGGGAGAUUUAAACUCCGGUCAGAGAAUGGUUAUUGAUGCUGCUGGUCCUGAAGUUUUUGAGGAAGAGACCCCGAAUGAAGAAGCUCAAAAGGGGUCGAUAUCUUUAGUUGACGACACCUGCCGUUUAUUACAAGAACUGCUUCCAGAGAACAACAAAAUGCCGAAAAAUUUUGCUAAUAUCAAGAAGCUGGUGAAAGGUCUCGGGUUGCCGGUUGAGGUUAUUGAUUGCUGUUUCCACAACUGUAUGAUUUACUGGGGGGCGGACGAGGAUUUAACCCACUGCAAAGUUUGCACAUUUCCUCGGUGGAAACCUGUUACGAAAAGCAAUUCGUCCAAAAGAAGGGCUAAUGUUCCUUAUAAAAAAAUGUUUUAUUUCCCUUUAACUCCGAGGCUGCAAAGGUUGUACGCUUCCAAAGCCACGGCUAAACAUAUGACAUGGCACGCUGAACAUGAAAUGGAAGACGAGAAGAUGUGUCAUCCUUCUGACUCUCCGGCGUGGAAACGGUUCAGUGAGUUGCAUACAGAUUUUGCAUAUGAAACAAGAAAUAUCAGGCUAGGAUUAUGUACUGACGGGUUUCAACCAUUUGGUAGUUUUGGGAAAAAUUAUUCUUCCUGGCCAGUUAUUGUGACGCCGUAUAAUCUGCCUCCUGGAAUGUGCAUGAAGGAUGAGUUUAUGUUUUUAACAAUACUUGUCCCGGGACCUGGAAAUCCAAAAGACCAGAUGGAUAUUUUCCUACAACCGUUAAUAGCAGAGUUGAAUCAAUUGUGGGAAUCUGGAAUUCAAACGUAUGACAUUCAAAAGAGGCAGAAUUUUCAAAUGAGGGCGGCGCUUAUGUGGACAAUUAAUGACUUCCCCGCUUAUUCAAUGUUGUCUGGGUGGAGCACAUCAGGAAGACUGGCAUGUCCGCAUUGUAUGGAAAAUACCGAGGCAUUCACGUUGCCCGAUAGUGGUAAACAGUCCUGGUUUGAUUGUCACAGAAAUUUUUUACCUACGGGCCAUCAUUUCCGUCGGAACGUUACUGAAUUUCGAAAAGGCAAACAAGUAAAGCACAAAUUUGGAUGUGUGAGGACUGGAGAUGAAGUAUUAGCAGAGGUGGACGGUCUGGGGCUUAAGAGGGCUUAUGAGACAGAUGCUAAGGCUACGAAUGAUGAACUAUCUAAAGGCCGUGGUUGGAAUCGAAAGAGUAAGACGAAAGACACGGCAAAAUCUAGGGCAGAGUUGAAUAAGAUUUGUGAUCGUCCCGGCCUAGCGCAAGAUCAGGAAACCGGUAGAUAUCCAAAGGCUUUGUAUGCUUUGGACAGGGAUUUAAAAAAGAUUUUGCUCGAAUGGAUUCAAAAGUUAAAGUUUCCGGACGGUUACGUGUCCAACUUGUCAAGAGAAUUAACUGCCACAUCGUUGAAAAAGGCAGAUCUUGAGAGAUUGGAUCUUGAUAUCCCGAAGAUACUGUGCAAGUUGGAACGUAUUUUUCCGCCGAGUUUUUUUAAUUCGAUGGAACAUCUCCCCGUACACCUUCCGUAUGAAGCUAUGAUGGCAGGACCUGUUCAGUAUCGUUGGAUGUAUCCGUUUGAAAGAUACCUGAGAAAACUUAAAAAUAAGGUCUCGAAUAAAGGCAGAGUGGAAGGAAGCAUCAGCAGCGGAUAUUUAUUAGAGGAAACAGCAAAAUUUGCAUCUUUCUAUUUCAAGGAUGGUGAUCCGAUGCUACCAUGUCGGAUGCAAAGAAAUGAAGUUUGCGAAAUGGACGUUGAUGAAGAUGUCGACAGAUUAUCUAUUUUCGCACCGAAAGGGCGACCUAUAGGUGCUUCUCGGAACAGAUAUCUGGAUGAUGCUGAAUAUAAUGCUGCCCGAAGCUAUAUCCUUCUGAAUUGCACUGAAAUCGAACCUUUCAGAGAAGUUUUUGAAUGCGAGUUGUAUGAAAUCAACCCCGAAAUCACACAGACCGAAGUUGUAGUCAAGUUGGAGAGUGAAUUCACCGUUUGGUUCGAGCAAUAUGUGAAAGACCCAACUGUCUGUACCAAUCCCUAUAUUCUAAGUCUUGCAGAAGGACCGCUUAGAUCGGUCAAAACAUUUAAGGGGUACUGUGUGAACGGGUUUAAAUUCAAUACUGAAGAAUAUGGGGAGGAUCGGGUUACAAUGAAUAGCGGAGUUUGUGUAAAAGGAUCGCUCUACGGCCCGGCUGAAAGCGACUUUUAUGGAGUGUUGACUGACAUUAUCGAGUUAGAGUAUCCAGCUCUACCGAUAAAAAGGACGGUCUUAUUUAAAUGUAAUUGGUUUGAUCCUACGAAGAAAGUUGGUAUGUUAGCCCAUCCUCGGUAUAACAUAGUGGAUGUUAAUCACAGAAAGAGGUACAACAAAUAUGAGCCUUUCAUUUUAGCUGAACAGUCUGAUCAAGUACAUUACUUACCUUAUCCUAGCAAAAGGCGAGACAAAAAAGACUGGUGGGCAGUAUGCAAGAUAAAAGCUCGCUCUGAGAUAGACAUGCCUGAAACAACUGUUCCAGCUUUCCAAGAUGAUAGUGCAGAUCAUCCGCUCAAUGUUAUAACAAAUGAAGAACCGACAAAUUUAGUUGAUCCGAAUGGCGAGGCGGACGAGGCGGCAUUGCACAACCCUCCAUUAGUAGAGACGGAAGAUGAUUAUCCACCAUCUUCAUCCGACGAUGAUGACAUUGAAGCGGCAGAUAAUAUAGAAAUUGCAUGA